CUUACCAUAAAUUGGAUCAUUCCAUUGAUCGAAGAUUCGAUCCGAACCAAACUUCCAAUGACAAACGUUUUCACUCGACAAUUUAUUCAAGCAUGUCAUUUAAGGUUGGCUUUACGGCACCAAUUCUCUCCUCUGUUGUCACGCAGCAUCGUUCGUGUAUCUUCCCCGCUUCUCGCAAAGAAAAUGGCAGCUGAGAAAACAUCAAAACUGACCAGUGAGGAAAGAGAUGAUGUCCUUGCUCCUUUGAUGAAAGAAGGAUGGACCCUUGUAAAAGGUAGAGAUGCCAUCUACAAGGAAUUCGUCUUCAAGAACUUCAAUCAGUGUUUCGGUUUCAUGACUAGAAUUGCUCUAAUGGCUGAUAAGAUGGACCAUCACCCAGAGUGGUUUAACGUCUAUAAUAAGGUUCAAAUCAAGCUGAGCACUCACGAAUUCAAUGGUCUUUCUCAUCGAGACAUUCGUCUGGCGACCUUCAUUGAGAAAGCAUCUAAAUCAGUUUUCGACUAGAACCAGUUGGGAACCGAACCCACCACCUUUUUUCUUUCUUUCUUUGCGAGGUUGUCUACCGCUUGUUGUUCUCACUUAACCUUCAUUUUCCACUCACGCCCAACACUUUGGAGUAGUAGGAGUGGUCACCGUGGCACUGGUGGUUGUUGUGCCACACGUUCGCCUCCAGACCCCCCAACCCCACCACACUCCACAUCCUAUUGGUAAGUCAAAACGUUUCGUAAAAUGCCACUCCGCUCCGCCCCUACAUUAUUUCUCACCUCUCCCCACCCACCCACUACACUUUCUUCUAUAUCAGGAACCAAAAAAAAAAAAAUUAAUUUUUGAAUAUCAAAGAUGUUUCUCCAUUUUGCAGCACAAAAUAGGCAAUGAUUAACAACAAAAGUUGAAUAAUAUUAACAACAAUAAUUUCUAACACACACACACACACACAUACACGUAAUAAUAAUAAUAAUAAUAAUAAUAAUCUCUUUGUUCCCAGUUGCCAAAAGUCUGUGUGAAAAAUAAAUGGUUUUGCAGUGGUGGCCAGCACCAUUCUGAGAGUCAUAGAAAUAGCAGCAGCAGCAGCAGUAGUAGUAGUAGAGUGACCAGUUUAAAACAUUUGCUCCAUGUUUGGUCAGAAGUUGUGAAGACCAGUGUCCACCUCCCACUCGUAUAUCUAUCACACACUGGCCAAUAGAAAGUUGUCACAUGACUAGUUAGUUCCCUUGUGAAUGAUCUCCCUUUAUUGAUCCAAACAUCCUUAAAUCCACUAACCGACCCUUUUCACUCCCUGGUCGAACAACGUCUGUUUAUCUAUUCUACAAAGAUUCAAGGCUAGCAGUGACUGAGUUUCAUUACUGCUGUAUAAAUCUUCAGAUUGGUUGCCAUUGUUUACUGGAAUACUUUCUUCUAUGUUAAACCUGUACUGAUUCCAUUUCCAUCGUGCAUAACUGGUGGCCAAUCUGAUGAAUUUCCCAUCAGCAUUUAUACAGAGAUGAUGAAACUGUCAGCCACUGGUGGAUUUUUAUACCUUUGUAGUAUAUAUAUAUAGACAUAUAUUCACUCUCCAAAGCUGUUUUAGUUUUCUAUUUCUUCUGUACCAUCAUUUAUUAAUGACACUGUAUAUGUAUGUAUGUGAUGUAUAUAAUGUGAUGUAUUUAUUUUCAUGAAGCAUUGUCUGAUACAUACAUACAUAUAUACAUAUAUAUAUAUAUGAAACCAUUGUCUGAGAUGUGUGUCUAUAUAUAUUUAUAUGAAACUGUUUUAUGAGAUGUGCAUAUAUAUAUAUGAAACUGUUGUCUGAGAUGUGCAUAUAUAUAUAUAUAUAUGAAAUUGUUGUCUGAGAUGCGUGUGUAUAUAUAUAAAAUGGAGAAAAACAUAGAUUAACCAGAACUUCGAUUGGACCACAUUUUAAAGCUUGUUUAUUGAUACAAUGCAAAACAACAAAGCUAACACCUGUUUCUAAUCCGAUUACCAGAAUGCAGUCUAUACAUAAAUGCGCUCGACGUAUAUAGUAUCUCUGCACACCAGUGCCUGGAGAUAACACAGGAAAUGGAUGCUGAUAGUAUAUAUGGAUAUUUUAUCCCUUAGUUAGUUACUACAACCGCUAAUUCUAUUUAUAUAUAUAUAUACAUAUAAUUGUUUUGAUUAUAUUUUUAUUAAGGUCAAAACAAUGCAAGUUAUAAAACAUGAGCUGAUGGUUAGUACUAUUACCUGGUAUUUCAAUCCCCGAAAAGUUGGGGCCUCUUUAGGAAAUUUAUGGAGCAGAGACAUCAGCUAUUAACACCAUUUCUCUGGAAAUUUCCUGAAGAAGGGCUUCUUGCCUUGAAAUAUUGAAAUACCAGGUAACAACACUAAUCACUGAACUUGGUUAUUAAUUGUAUAAUUAGCAUUGUUUUGGCUUAGAAAAAUAUUUAAAACUUACAUAGUGUGUGUAUGUAUGUAUAUAUAUAUAUAUAUAUAUAGUCACAAUGAGGAUAUUUAAACCUCUUAUAGGGAUAUUUUUAUCCAAGAUACACUGGUUUAAUAUAUUAAAUCUUGAAGAGAUAAUUCUUCAACGGAUAUAAUGUAUGGAAUAUUGUAAAAUGCCAAACAUUUUUAUUGAGUUAGAAAACAUAGAUUUAAUGGAUACAAAUUAAUUUGUUAAUUAAUCAACGUAUAAAUGAAUUUGUAUCUGUUAGAUCUCUGUUUUCUAACUCGAUAAAUAUAUACUGUACAAUAUGUGUGUGUAUAUAUAAUAUACUGUACAAUUUGUGAGUGUUUAUAUAAUAUACUGUACAAUGUGUGUGUGUAUAUAUAUAUAUAUAUAUAUAUAUAUAUGUUCUAUAGCCAAACAUACAUACAUAUGCACAAUAUGCUUACACACAGACACAUGAAAUGCUUAUAAAUAUAUUUGUAAAAUGUUUAUAAAAAUAUAUAUUUAUCUAUAGAUGCAGAUAUAUAUAUAUGUGAUGAUGAUGAUAAAAUCUUCAAAUGAACUUAUCACUGACAAUCUCACUUUAACAAAUGUUAUCUUUAAUUGGUCAGAAGUCAAUCAAACCACUUAACAUUUGACCAUUUCCCUUUUAAUAGAUAUCUCCCCAAAUGUCAGGAAUUUCUCAAGCCACUGACCACUCCACUCAAGGCGUGUCCCUCAGUGGUCUAACCUUUGUCUCCUCCUUUAGUACAGGAAUAUUCUCCAUGGGUCAAAGUGUAGUCAGAUUUGAUCCAUUGACCGUUUCUCACAUUACAUUUAUCCCUAGUGGUCAGUGUUUACUGACCAUUCACACCAAGCAAAAAUACAAAAUGCUUCUCCCAGUUAUUAGUUGUUAUUUUACACAACCAUCUAAGUACUGAUAUAUAUACAUACACAUAUAUAUAUAUAUAUAUGCAUAUAAACAUAAGUAUAUGUAUAUAUACGUGUGUCUAUAUAUAUAUACAUAUAUAAAUAUAUAUACUUAUAAACAUAUAUAUAUAUACAUAUAUAUUCCCCUCACACAUAUAUAGUCACCGGAGAAACACUGACCAUUCUUAAGAUGUUUUAGUUCUGUCCAAAAUCCAAAUAGCUGUAUUUUUAAGGGAAUAAAAUUCAUUGCAAAAUAAAUAAAGAAAUAAAAAUAAAAUAUAAUGGAUAUACAA